AUGAUUGCCUCCCCUACCUUGCUCUCUUCGCCAUGUAAAUGUAUUGUAGGGUUUCUUCUUUUGCUUGGGCGCGUUGAUCGGCUGAAACCGUGUCGGGCGUCUUCGAUGGCGUCUCUGCCGCAGCCGCCGUCGUUGUCUUCCUUUUUAUUUCCUUUUUUUUUAUUUAUUUCUCAAUCAAAAAUAGUCCUAUCUUCCUUCCUUCCGCGGUUUGUCUGUCUUUUAAAACGCUUUUUCUCCAACCCAAAUUGUUGGCAAUUACUACCUGUUAUACUGUGCGGAAACUCCAAAACAAUUGUCCUCUCCCCCUCUCUCUCACGUAAAAGGUUCUUUUUCUUUCUUGCUUGCUUCCUUUCACUCAUUCUCUUUCUUUCUUUCUUUCUGUCAUUCACUCUUUCUUUCUUUCACUCUUUCUUUUUUCACUCUUUCUUUCACCUACUCACUUUUCUUUCACCCCCUCUCUUUCUUUCAUUUUCUCUAUCUCACUAUUUUUCUCUUUCUCUCUAUUUUUCUCUCUCUUUCAUUUUCUCUCUCUUUUUCUCUCUCUUUCAUUUUCUCUCUCUUUUUCUCUCUCUUUCAUUUUCUCUCUCUUUCAUUUUCUCUCUCUUUUUCUUUCUCUUUCAUUUUCUCUCUCUUUUUCUUUCUCUUUCAUUUUCUCUCUCUUUUUCUUUCUCUUUCAUUUUCUCUCUCUUUUUCUUUCUCUUUCCUUCCUCUUCGUUUGCCCCUAUUUUCCUUUUGGAAUUCUUACAAAUAAGUCUUCUGCUUCUCCCACGCACUCGCGCAUGCAUGCGUGCACGUACGCUUCGCGCGUCACUUCUCUUUCCCCCUGUCAUCUGCAAAUGCCUCUUCACCCGACCCAGCCCUGCACUGCCCCUCGUUCUAAUCGACCUGUCCAUUCUCUGGGCGUUGGCAGCAGCACUGGCCAUCCCCUUGAUUGUUUCUUUCAUUCGUCGCUUUGGUUUACGCGGCUCGAAAUGGCGCCUGUGUUCUCCGCUUUGUGAUGUCGUCCACAUCAAACGGGAUGAGCCGUUUCUUCUUACCUUGCCCCCCCCACACACACACACCUCGCGCUCGCUCAUCCUCUCCUCUCUCUUUCUCUCUCGCCUACUCAUCCUCUCUCUCUCUCUCUCUCUCUCUCUCUCUCUCUCUCGUCCUCAUCCUCUCCUCUCUCUCCCCACCACUCUCCUCUCCUCUCUCUCUCAUUCGUUCCCCCUCUCUCUCCCUCCUCAUUCCCUCUCUCUCUCUCCCACCACUCAUUCUUUCCUCUCCUCUCUCUCUCUUUCCCGUCCACCACUCAUUCGUUCCCCUCUCGUUCCUCUCGUCUCACCCCCCACCACUCAUUCUUUCCUCCCGUCUCUCUCUCAUUCUAUCCUCUCUCUCUCUCCCCACCACUCAUUCUUUCCUCUCCUCUCUCUCUCUCUCAUCCACCACUCAUUCUUUCCUCUCCCCCACUCUCUCUCUCCACUCAUUCUUUCCUCUCUCUCUCUCGUCCACCACUCAUUCUUUCCUCCUCUCUCUCUCUCUCUCUCUCUCUCUCCACCACUCAUUCUUUCCUCUCUCUCUCUCGCCCACCACUCAUUCUUUCCUCUCCUCUCUCUCGCCCACCACUCAUUCGUUCCCCCCUCUCUCUCUCUCUCUCUUGCCCACCACUCAUUCUUUCCUCUCCUCUCUCUCUCUCUCUGUCAUCCACCACUCAUUCUUUCCUCUCUCUCUCUCUCUCUCAUCCACCACUCAUUCUUUCCUCUCCUCACUCACUCUCGUCCACCACUCAUUCGUUCCUCACCUCUCUCUCUCUCUCGCCCACCACUCAUUCUUUCCUCUCGUCUCUCUCUCCACCACUCAUUCAUUCCCCCAUUCUCUCUCCAUCCAUCUCUUGCCCACCACUCUCUCUCUCUCUCUCGCCCACCACUCAUUCCCCCCCACUCUCUCUCCAUCUCUUGCCCACCACUCAUUCUUCUCUCUCUCUCUCGCCCACCACUCAUUCUUUCCUCUCGUCUCUCUCGCCCACCACUCAUUCGUUUCUCUCCCUCUCUCGCCCACCACUCAUUCUUUCCACUCCUCUCUCUCUCGUCCACCACUCAUUCUUUCCUCUCUCUCUCUCUCGCCCACCACUCAUCUCUCUCUCCCCCACUCAUUCUUUCCUCUCCCCACUCUCUCUCCCACCACUCAUUCUUUCCUCUCCUCUCUCUCUCUCUCCACCACCACUCAUUCUUUCCUCCUCUCUCCCUCUCUUGCCCACCACUCAUUCUUUCCUCUCCUCUCUCUCUCUCUCGCCCACCACUCAUUCUUUCCUCUCGUCUCUCUCUCUUUCCCUCCUCUCUCUCUCUCAUCCACCUCAUUCUUUCCUCUCCCCUCUCUCUCUCUCUCGUCCCACCACUCAUUCUUUCCUCUCCUCUCUCUCUCUCGUCCACCACUCAUUCUUUCCUCCUCUCUCUCUCUCUCUCUCCACCACUCAUUCUUUCCUUUCCUCUCCUCUCUCUCUCUCGUCCACCACUCAUUCUUUCCUCUCGUCUCUCUCUCCCACCACUCAUUCUUUCCUCUCGUCUCUCUCGCCCACCACUCAUUCUUUCCUCUCGUUUCUCUCGCCCACCACUCAUUCGUUUCCCCCCUCUCUCUCUUGCCCACCACUCAUUCUUUCCUCUCUCUCUCUCUCUCGUCCACCACUCAUUCUCUCCCUCUCUCGCCCACCACUCAUUCUUUCCUCUCCUCUCUCUCUCUCUCGCUCUCUCUCUCUCUCGCCCACCAUUCAUUCCUCUCCUCUCCUCUCUCUCCCCACCACCUUUCUCUCUCUCUCUCGCCCACCACUCAUCUCUCUCUCCCCCCUCAUUCUUUCCUCUCUCUCUCUCUCUCGUCCACCACUCAUUCUUUCUCCUCUCGUUCCUCUCGUCUCUCUCGUCUCUCUCUCCCCACCAUCAUUCGUUCCCCCCCUCUCUCUCUCUCUCUCUCGUCCACCACUCAUUCUUUCCUCUCGUCUCUCUCGCCCACCACUCAUUCGUUUCCCCCUCUCUCUCUCUCUCUCUCCCUCUCUCGUCCACCACUCAUUCUUUCUUCUCCUCUCUCUCUCUCUCAUCCACCACUCAUUCUUUCCUCUCCUCACUCUCUCUCUCUCGCCCACCACUCAUUCUUUCCUCUCCUCUCUCUCGCCCACCACUCAUUCGUUCCCCCCCUCUCUCUCUCCCUCUCUCACCCACCACUCAUUCUUAA